AGAGCGAGGCCCCAUUAGUGCGUUGCGCUGCGUUGCGUCGUCGCAGCGUCGUCGCUGCGUCGUUUUCCAUACAUUUUUUAUGACAUGCCCCAUUAGACCGUUGCGUCGUCGCGCGCGACGUUUCAACGGAUCGACGGACAAGAGACUAUAGCGGGAGGGAGGGUGAUGCGCUGCGUUGUCGGAGCUCCGCUGCGACGACGGACAGUGAUGCACUGCUAGAGGAGAAAGCUAGACGAGCGUAACGACAUUUUCUAUUUUACCAUGAGUGAGCAGGAUAUUGAUAUAGAUUUUCUCAUAUCCUUGGUCCAAGAAAGACCCAUUAUAUGGGAUAAAUCACACGAACAUUACAGUGAUAAAUUUCGUAAAGCGAAUGAAUGGGUAGCUGUUUGUAAAAAAAUAUUUCAAGAUUACGAGGAGUUUGAGGACCAAAAAAAGAACAAAAUUGGUAACGAGGUUGUGAAAAAAUGGAGAAGCGUGAAGGACAACUUUUUUCGAUACGUAAAAAAAAUAAAAGAAAACAGUUCGUCUGGAUCAGGGGCAAAACAAUUGAAGAAAUAUCAUUAUUACAAUCAGUUGCUGUUUUUGAUGAAAGUUGCCCAAAAUAAAACUGAUAGUAGCCUUGAAAUGGUGUCUGAAGAAACGGAACGAAAUGAAAACACAGCAUCAUCUUCUCCAUUUCCUACAAAAGAAAUGUCCUCGUUACCCCCAGGUCCUUCUCGCUACGUGCCUGCAAGCCGUAAGAGAUCAAACCAAGCAAUAGAUGAUUUCGAGGCGCAAGCAUUAAAAGCGUUGCAAGAGAAAGAAAACCGCCACUUAUCAUUUUUCAAAGGAAUUUUGCCUUCUUUGGACAGCUUUACGGAAUUACAAACUUUGACAUUCCAAAGCAAAGUUAUAAAUAUCAUUACCGAAAUUCGGUUCGGGGAACAGACUCAAUCAACAACAUGGCAGUCACGCGGAUAUCAAACUGGACAACAGUAUCAAGCAACACCAUUGCAGUCACGCGGAUAUCAAACUGGACAACAGUAUCAAGCAACACCAUUGCAGUCACGCGGAUAUCAAACUGGACAACAUGCCCAGUCACCAUCGCCAUCAUCGUAUCGAACAGAUGAAUUCGAAGCUACCUACUCAACCAACACUACGAUUAAUAAUUUUACUGAUGAUAGUCAAGAAGAAGAUUAUAACUUUGCUUUGUUACCUAAUAGUAAUACUUAAAUUAAACUGUUUUUAAAGAUAAUAAAUUAAUAACUGAUUAACAUUACGAGUAUUAUGAUAUUUGAAUUACUUACCUCAAUGUAAUACCAAUCAUUUCAAUUGGUUCUAAAGGGUUCCUGAAUUUGGUAUAUUGCUUUUUUAUAUGUGGUUUUAAGGUUUCAACCAAAUUAUUAAAGCUGGCCACACUCAUUCUAAAAAAAUUAAAAAAUGUAUUUUCAUCUAAUAACAACUCCCUAUAUUCCUGCAUAAAAAACUGACCAUCACUAUUUCUUAAUGCUAUCAAAGGAGAUAUCCAGAAUCUUCUAUGAUUUCUACGUUUAUUUCGGCGGUGCCGUAAUAAAAGCAACAAAAGAACACGUUUGUAUCUAUCCAUUGCAAAGGCUGAACUGAGACGCAGCUGCGUCGGCGUGCAUACCCUCUUGCGUUGCGUUGGCGCAGCGUCAACGCAACACAGGUGUGGCAUACAAUGCGUUGUUCCGUUGCGAUGACGCGACGCAACGCAGCGCAACGCACUAAUGGGGCCUCGGCC